AGUUGGAAUAUGCGCACAGACGAUGAGGAAGAUUCUUAGACUAAUGCGCAUCUCCCGCUUCCUUUAUUCUCUUUUCUUUUUGGCCUCUCUAUAAAACUAGACUCUGCCCUUUUCAACUGAAUCAACCACCACCUUCUUUCUUCUCUCAUAUCACUACUCUUAUUCUUAUAUACACACACAAACCCAACCCCAUUGGUGCAUCUAUCCUCAGCUUCACCAGAAUCAAGAUCAAGCAAUACAUUCAGUUGCUCUGGGCACACUUGUUCCAAUUGAUGCCAGCAAGUUCUGUCUGGCAAUUGAAUUGAUUCAAUUUAUUACUGGAAAGCCUAUGUGUCCACAGAGUACAUUGAAUACAAGUAGAGCCCUAGAGGGCGUCCAUGGGGUGCAUGUGGUGCCUCAUUCACCAUUUGCAUUGGAAGAGACUACUAAAGAUGGAGACUUUCCUCAGUCAAACAAUAGAACUUCGAUUAUUGAAGUGAAUCAGAGCCUAUUGAUGCAAUGGGUAUGGCAGCAUAGACCAGCCUGUUUGAGGCCCAUCCAGGGAUGUAUUCAAGGUGAUCAGAAUCUUUCAGAAACAGUGGCUAAUGUGCUCACUUCACUUCCUUUUGUAGCUCUUGGAAUCCAGGCCCCAAGAAAGAGUAUGAGCACUAAGCUGUAUGCUAAUUCAUUAAUCGGAGUUGGAGUUGCCUCAAGUUUGUACCACACUUCAAGAGGAAAACUGAGGCAGUAUAUGAGAUGGGCUGAUUAUACAAUGAUAGCCACAGCAACAGUAUGUCUAUCAAGAGCCCUCAGAGAUGACAACCCAAAGUUUUUGAUGGCAGCAUCAGCAUUUCUUCUACCUGUCCAGCCUCUAAUGGUUUCGGCUGUUCAUACAGGGAUGAUGGAGGUAGUAUUUGCAAAAAGAGCAGCAAAAGAUCCAGAUUUGAGGAUGGCCCACAAUGUGCAUAAGAUGUCAUCACUGUUGGGCGGUGUUCUUUUUAUUGCUGAUGAUGUUUUUCCUAGGACUCCAUACAUUCAUGCUGCCUGGCAUCUCGCUGCAGCAGUUGGUGUUGGCACCUUGAAUAAGCUUCUUGAAUAGUUGUAUAUUUUAUAUAUAUGAAUUCUUUGUAUCUAAUUCAUCCAUUGAGCUGCAUCAUAUGUUUAGGAGAAAUAUUUCCAUCUUCAGUUGUGAGUAAAUCUGCAGGUUGAGAGGGAAUGGAGGGAUUUGUCGUCUUGAUCAGUUAAGUGUAGUCCAUGAAUUUAAACUGCAUCAGUUCUAUUAUCUUUUGCUCUCCAAAUACACUUCCAUUUUACUAGAAUAGCAAUGUAAUUAUACUGGGAUGGAAUAUUUCUUGUAAAACAGUGGCAACUAUUGUACUUAGAUCACCAUUGACCAAUGUCAAAGAGAAGAAAUGUUUCUUCUACUUUA